AUGUAAAAUUACCGAUAGUUUGCUUGCUUUUGUGAGAUCUCGCGAGAUCUCGCACAGUGACCCUUCCCGGGCAUCGCACAAUCCCUCCACUGAAUGUAAAGAUACCGGUCGCUUGCUAGCGGUAAAAUUGGUUACAGCAUGUUUAAGUUACAGCGUGGAUGCCGAGGACAUUGACGUGAGAUAGCGUUGCUUCCCCAGUCUAGUUGACUAACGUUAGCUGCGUUACAAGACAGUAACGGUAAUAGCUAUGUCGAAAAGAAAACACAACGUUACUCCCAACACUGAAGAAACAGAUUGGUUGAGAGAAAAUGUUCCAAGACGUACUUUGACAAGAUGGAAAAAAAGGAAAAUCAACAAAACUUUGAGUGACAUUGAAAAACACACUGCUCAACGACAUGAAAUUGAUGAAGAUGCCAGCCAAAGCAAAGAGCAGAGAGCAGAACCGUUCACAUUAACACAGGAAAUUGAUGAAGAUGCCAGCCAAAGCAAAGAGCAGAGAGCAGAACCGUUCACAUUAACACAGGAAGUUGAUGAUGAUGCCAGCCAAAGAGAAGAGCAUAGAGCAGAACCGUUCACAUUAACACAGGAAAGUGAUGAAGAUGCCAGCCAAAGAGAAGAGCAGAGAGCAGAACCUUUCACCUUGCCACAGGACAAUGUACCCCAAGCAAUAGAUGAUGUCCACACCCAUGGACUAACGGAAGAGCAAAGUUGCAUCUCGAUUCUCUCCUUUGCAUUGAGACACAACACUACAGCUGUAUUGAUGGAAGACCUGCUGAAACUUUUAAAGUUACAUUCUGCUGGGACAAGUGCAGUUCCAGCAAGAGCUGCCUUGAAGAAGCGCUCUGCUGCUGGUGGUGUAGGAACCGCCUUGAGGACGGGCUCUGCUGCUGGUGGUGAAGGAGCCGCAUUGAGGACGCGCUCUGCUGCUGGUGGGAGAGCUGUCCUGGAUACACUGUGUGCCAGAGAUGCCUGA